GCGAGAGCGCGCCCUGCGUGUGCACGCCAGCCCUGGGUGCCACGGUUGCCUGCCACUUUUCUGUGCCGAGGGCCGAUUGGGAAGCACGAUGGAUACGGCAAGCCACAGCCUGAUCCUCCUACAACAGCUAAACAUGCAGCGAGAAUUUGGCUUUCUCUGUGACUGCACAGUUGCCAUUGGCGAUGUCUACUUCAAAGCUCAUCGAGCUGUCCUGGCUGCUUUUUCCAACUAUUUUAAGAUGAUAUUCAUUCAUCAGACAAGCAGUGAAUGCAUAAAGAUUCAGCCCACUGAUAUCCAACCUGACAUAUUCAGCUACUUGCUGCAUAUAAUGUACACUGGCAAAGGACCUAAACAGAUGGUCAGUCAUACGCGGCUAGAGGAAGGCAUCCGUUUCCUGCAUGCUGACUACCUUUCCCGCAUGGCAAUUGAAAUGAACCAGAUGCUUUCUCCAGAGGUUGUGCAGUCUUCAAAUCUUUAUGGGAUUCAGAUCUCAACCACGCACAAGGCUGUGAAGGAGAACCUCCAAGCAAAGGAAAAUUUAACCAGUAUUGGCAGCAGAGCCACUAAUCAGGGAGAUCAUCCUCAGCUCCAGCUGUCUCUGGCAAUUGGGCUGGAUGAUGGGUCUUUGGACCCACAGGUUUCUCAUCCUUCUGCCAAGACAGCUGUGAAACCAGCAGAGGAGGCUGCAAAUCCACCUGUGACUAUAAAACAGGAGAAGACUGACCCAGAACCAGUUGUGUCUCAGAGUCACACAUCAUCGUCCCCAAAUCUCAGGGGUCCGGUCUUUUCGAAAGAAAACCUCAAAGUUCAUUUAUGCCAGUAUUGUGGGGAGCAUUUUGAAUCCCGGAGCACUUUGUGUGAACACCUGUUUACUCACGUGUCGGGAUCAUUGCCCUUCAGGGUUCCGACCUCCAUCCUGGAAAGCAAUAACCUUAGCCAGCUCCAGCCUCUCAGUGAAAAUCGUGAAGCUGCUGAAAGUCACCGGCUCAGCUCCUUCCUUCAGAAAGAGAAUGAGCACUACUCCGAAUAUCCUACCCACCCCAACCUAGAGGCACUGCCGAUUGGCCAGCUGUCACUGGUAUCCAAGGACACAGAACCUGUGGAACUAAACUGCAACUUUUCUUUUUCACGGAAAAGAAAGAUCAGCUGCACUGUCUGUGGUCACAAAUUUCUCCGAAAAAACCAGCUUCUUGAACACAUGUAUACACACAAAGGUAAACACUUCAAAUUUGGCCGAUGCCAGAGGGUUGGUGGCACGGCAGCCAUCAAGUUUCAGCCAUAUGGUGACAACUGGAUCCCAGGUAUGGUGAAAAGUGGCACCCUCUCGCAAGCUCAUGUGGAGUCACAAAAUGCAUUAGAUCCUGACCUCUCUCAAGAGAGCAUUGACACUAUACUUGUGGAAUAGUUUCUUCCUUUUCUCUUCUUUUUGUGACAUACAAGUUUGUAGCCUGUGCAUUCAUGCAUUCAGCCCUAUUGUCUGAAUACUGUCCAAAGAGUUUUUUGUUCUGAAAUACAAAAUGACAGAUGCCCUGUUGUAUGUCACAUCACUGGCUGGUGGAUCAGCUGUUUUCCAUAAUACCCCACUAAUGUUCGCCAUGAGGAAAGCAUAUGCAAAGAGUGCAUGAUGUAGUUAGAUCCCUUGUACAUAUCAGCUAGAGAAAGGAUUGCUGGGAAAUGCAAUCAGCGCCAAAGAAUAGAAGGGGGCGGAGUUUCUCAGGCAGGCACUUCUGGGCUCAGGCCAGUUAACAAGAACUUACAAGACCAUGGAAUGCUACUCUCUGUCAACAUAAACAACACUUGAGUUGUGAUUGAUCAUACAUGCUCUGCUCAGCCCACUGUGGUUGAUGAUGGGAUAGUUCCAGGUAUUUUCAGCAAUAUCCAUAUAAUGCUGGCAUGUCACCUGUAGAGCUUCUAUGACGCAUCAGGUUGGGAGGACAACAAAGGGAAAUUGCAGUGCUUGUAAAAGGAAACAUUUAUUGUAAAUCGUAUUUAAUUUCAAUUAAAUAUGUUUUAAAUUAACAUUGUUUAAUGUUCUUCAGUUUAAAGAAGGGUUAUAGGGGUUCACUGAUUAAUUGGUUAGAUUUACUAGUUAUGAUGACAUUAGAUUAAUUCAAGUACUGUAAAAUAAAAUUUCUGUUCAGUUGCGAUAUUUCCUUUGCCAGGCUAGUAGUUGUUUACUGAAGUGUAAUUUUAAUAAAGUGACCUUGUUAUGAGCUAUUGGGAGGUUGAUCCAAGACACAGCGCUCAA